AUGGUGGAUUUUCCAGGGUACAGUCUGUCUGGUGCAGUUGCCUCCUUCCUAUUCAUCCUGCUGACAAUGAAGCAGUCAGAAGACUUUAGAGUCACUGGACCUGCUCAACCUAUCCUGGCCAGGGUUAGGGAAGAUGCCCUGUUAACCUGCCAGCUGCUCCCCAAGAGGACCGCAAUGCACAUGGAGGUGAGGUGGUACCACUCAGAGCCCAGCACACCUGUGUUUGCGCACAGGGAUGGAGUGGAGGUGACUGAGAUGCAGAUGGAGGAGUACAGAGGCCGGGUAGAGUGGAUAGAGAAUGACAUUGCAAAAGGAAGUGUGGCACUGAAGAUACACAACAUCCAGCCCUCCAACAAUGGACAAUACUGGUGCCAUUUCCAGGAUGGGAACUAUUGUGGAGAAACAAGCUUGCUGCUCAAAGUAGCAGGUCUGGGGUCUGCCCCUAACAUCCACAUGGAGGGACCUGGGGAAAGUGGAGUCCAGCUUGUGUGCACUACAAGGGGCUGGUUCCCAGAGCCCCAGGUGUAUUGGGAAGACAUCCAGGGAGAGAAGCUGCUGGCCGUGUCUGAGCGUCACAUCCAAGAUGAAGAUGGCCUGUUCUAUGUAGAAGCCACCCCUGUGGUCAGGAACGCUUCUGCAGAGUCUGUGUCCUGCUUCGUCCACAACCCUGUCCUCACUGAGGAGAAGGGGUCGGUCAUCAGCCUCCCAGAGAAACUCCAGACUGAGCUGGCUUCUUUAAAAGUGAUUGGACCUUCCUAGGCCAUCCUUGUCAGAGUGGGAGAAGAUAUACAGCUAACCUGUUACCUGUCCCCCAAGGCGAAUGCACAGAGCGUGGAGGUGAGGUGGGUCCGAUCCCACUGUUACCCUGUCGUGCAUGUGUAUAUGAAUGGGGACCAUGUGGCUGGAGAGCAGACGGCAGAGUACAGAGGGAGGCCUGUGCUGGUGAGUGACGCCAUUGACGAGGGCAGACUGACCCUGCAGAUACUCAGUGCCAGACCUUUGGACGACGGGCAGUACCGCUGCCUUUUUGAAAAAGAUGAUGUCUACCAGGAGGCCAGUUUGGAUCUGAAGGUGGUAGGUCUGGGUUCUUCCCCACUGAUCACUGUGGAGGGACAAGAAGAUGGAGAAAUGCAGCUGAUGUGCUCCUCAGAUGGGUGGUUCCCACAGCCCCACGUGCAGUGGAGGGACAUGGAAGGAAAGAUGAUACCAUCAUCUUCCGAGGCCCUGACUCAAGGCAGCCAUGGGCUGUUCCACGUGGAGACAUUGCUAAGGGUCACAGACAUCUCCGCUGUGGAUGUCACUUGUUCCAUCAGCAUCCCCUUUUUGGGCGAGGAGAAAAUCACAACUUUUUCUCUCUCAGGUUGGUGA